AUGUUCUUCCAGUACCACGCCGUUUCUACCUAUCAUAUCAUGGAAGCUGAAAAGCUUAUCUCCGUCUACUUCCACGACAAAAUAUGGGAACUGAACUACCUGCACCCGUCACUCUUCACUUUGGACCACAUUCUUGGGGAUAUGUUUUGGGUCGGCCUCUUCGUCUUCCAGUCAGCUCACAUCGUCUACGACCUGUACAAAACCUCGCCUGUGGGGCUUGGAGUGAUGCAGGGCCAGUUCAUCCUGAACAACGUCUUUCAUUCCGCAUUUAUCCUAUUAUUCGUCAAUUCCUUCUUCAUUGCAGCUGAGCUUCUCCUGGACUGCAUUAUCACAUAUUCUCUCAGUUUUUUGUCUGGAGCACUUGGCGUUGCGCAACUGAGAAGCCAGCUCGUACCCUUUCAAUGGGUUUCUUCUUUUACUAUGACCGCUACUCUAUAUGUAAUAACCGUCGUUUUGAUUAUUCGGAAGUGGAAGCUCCGAAUGUUAGAGCUGAGAAGCUCUUUCGAUAAGGAAUCCGACAAAUGCCUGGAGGCUAACAAAGCAGAUACGGAUUUCUACGAAUCCUUUGUGGUAGGCCCUUAUAUGCUUGAUGGCUCUUAG